CUUCCCCGCUCCAUCUCGAUUUCUCCCGAAGCUUCCAGCACCCACCCGCCUAUUUAAUCCCCCGCUCCUAUCUCUUGCGACGCAAAAAUCCAUUCACAAACCCUAAUGUCGACUUCCCCUUGGCGCCGCCGGCCCUAUCUGUGGGACUGGCUCGCGCCCAAGCUGGAAAGGCUGUCUCCGCCCCAAGAUCUGUCCGGCGCUCACCCCAUCGCGCCGCCGGUGGGUCGCCGCACCGGGGACCGUGAGGGGAGCGUGAGCGCCUUGGCCGGUCGCCAUGACCGUACGUCGCCGUCCCGCGUCGCCGUCUACAACGAGCGCAGCCCGUCUGGCCCCCAUGGCUGUAGCUCGCCGCCCCGCGUCGUCCACAGCGACCGCGCCUCGCCGUCGCGCACCGUCCACAGCGACCGCGCCUCGCCGUCGCGCACCGUCCACAGCGACCGCGCCUCGCCGUCGCGCACCGUCCACAGCGACCGCGCCUCGCCUGCGCCCAUCUCUGCUUACCGCUCCGUCCGCGACUCGGCCGCAUCACGUGCCAGGACCUCAGCCUCGUGUGUCCUCUUCGACCGUUCCUCGCCUCCACGAGCGGGGGUUCGAUGUGCUCCAAGACGCGGUCUAAAUCCGCUUGCAGUCCCAUUCACUCCCUCAUGGGCACGCAGCACUGGGGCCGGCCACGCUAUGGGCGGCGCGCGCAACAUGUCCCGGCCGGGAAAUCGAUUCGCCGUAUUAUCAACACUGGGCGAUGAUGAUAUGGUGGAGCCGAUUGGCGACGCUGGUGGAGUCAAGAGGACGAAGCACAUAGCGAAGAAAUACCUCAAGAAGCUGCCCCACGAAGAUAAGAGCAAGACGGACAUGUCUGAGCAGCUGGUCACCGCGAAGCUGCCCCAGGCGGAGGGGAAAAAGACGCCCAUGCACAAGGCAACGCUCACCAAGCUGGAGAACACCGCGCCCAUGACUCAGCAGGCGCUCACCAAGACCAACCCCGAGCUGCUGCCCCAGGCGGAGGGGAAGAAGACGCCCAUGCAGCAGGCAACGCUCACCAAGCUGGAGAACACCGCGCCCAUGACUCAGCAGGCGCUCACCAAGACCAACCCCGAGCUGCUGCCCCAGGAGGAGGAACAUAAGGCGGCCAAGCUCCCCGGCGUUAUGGCCGAUCACAAGGAGUUCGUCGAGAAGCAACUUCCCAACAAGGACACGCAAGUUCUCCUGCUUGAGGCCCCCGCGACCCCCAAGGAGAUGUUCCACGGCGUCGUCGAGCGAGAACAAUUCAUGAAGGCAGAAGCCGUCGGAGGCGUUCCUUCCGGCGGCGGCUGUUGGGGCGUUCCAGCCGGCGGUGGGGCCGGUCCGUUUGGCGGCGGCGGCGGCGGCGGAGCGGGAGGUCCGGCGGGCGGCGGCGGCGGCGGAGCGGGAGGUCCGGCUGGCGGCGCCGCGGCUGGUCCGGCUGGCGGCGGCGCGGCUGGCGGCGGCGGAGGGGAUCCCGACGGAGGAGGUGAGCCCGACCACAACCCUGCGCAGCUACCCCCGUACCCUCACCGUCUCCCGUACGCGCAGUGUAUGUCGUAUCUGUGCCAGGAGGAUGCACUCUUGCACUGUCCUAACUGUGGCCUGAUGUUCUGUGCUGAUCACGUAUGCGAUUGUGCUGGUUACGUGCAUGAGUUACCGGCGCCGAACGUGUCCGAGUCUCAUGUACAACUUAACCAGCCUUUCACUUAUGUUGACCACGCACAGGCCGACGCGGGAGUAAGAAUUUUUGUUGGUGCUUCUAGAGAAGGAAACAUAAUCACUCACCACUUUGCUAGGGUAGGUGUUAUUUUUGGGCACGGUAAUGUUCUAAGUGUUGAAGCGUAUCGAUUCCGGAUGCAAGGCCUAUGGAUCGUGCAAAUGGUUCAUGCCUGGCCGGUAGUUUUGGAGAGAGCGUAUAUGUUUCCCCAGCCCCAGUUUCACCCUGUGCACUUCGUGUAGGCAAGGACCUCUCUUGUGAGUUGAUUGGUGUAAUGGACCUGUUCUGUAUGGAUUGCUGUAACAGCUAUAGACCUGUAUGGAUUGUUUGAUGUUGGUAAUUUUGUUUUAAAA